UAUUCCCUGCAGCCAAACCUCCUCCCUGUCUCGUGGUACUCAGUUGUGAUUCCUUCGUCAGAGUGUGUGGUGCGUCUCUACAUCUCACCAAACACGUCACCAUGAAGCUUGUUAUUAUACUCUCCUUAGCCGCUACAGCGGUGGCAGUUCGUACGCCCUCCAUCAGUUGGAUCACAAAGGAGCAGGUUGUGGACAUCGGGUCGAGCAUGCAGUUGGAGUGUUCCGUGCAGUACGCCCAGGACUACCCCGUGCUGUGGGUCAAGAGGGGUACCGGGGGCGUGCAGGACCUCCCUAUCUCCAGCGGGCCAGGACUCAUCAUUAGGGACUCUCGUUACUCCCUCAGGCACGACAAGGGCUCCUCCACCUAUAUCCUGCAGAUCAAGGACAUUCAGGAGAGCGAUGGCGGGGAUUACAUGUGUCAAGUUCUGAUCGGAAUCAACAACAGAAUCACCGCUAAUGUUGAUCUUUUGGUGCGUCGUCCUCCCGUCAUCUCCGACAAUUCCACACGCUCCGUGGUGGCGAGUGAAGGGGACGGUGUUGAGCUCUCUUGCUACGCCGGCGGCAUGCCCAUCCCUGACAUUUCCUGGAGGAGAGAGAACAACGCCAUUCUUCCCACCGGUGGCUCCAUCUACAGGGGUAAUGUGCUACAGAUCGCCAAUAUUCGCAAGGAGGACCGUGGCACUUACUACUGCAUCGCCGAGAACCAGGUGGGACGCGGCGCCAGGAGGAACAUCAACGUGGAAGUGGAAUUUGCCCCUAUGGUGAAGGCUAUCCGCCCCAUGGUGUACCAGGCCCUACAGUACAACAUGGAUCUGGAGUGCCACGUGGAGGCAUAUCCACCUGCUGCCAUCACCUGGUUCCACAAGCAGGAGGGCAUUGUUAACAACCAGCACUACAGAGUGUCCCAGUUUGCCACGGCUGACGAGUACACCGACACAACCCUGCGAGUCUUGAGUAUUGAGAAGCGUCAGUUCGGCAACUACUCCUGCACCGCCACCAACAAGCUGGGCCAGUCCUCCGCCAUCGUCACCCUCAUCGAGACGACCACGCCGGUGUGCCCCCCAGCGUGUGGCACCCUCACUUACUCUGCCGCCUACACGCCCACGCCCUCCGUACUGACUCUCCUCGCCCUCUUUGCUGCUAUCCUCCUCAGGAACUAAGGAGAACAUAUGGUACCGAACAUUCGCCACGAGGGGGUGCUGGUGUACACUGCAGGAGGCGCCACCACCCUUCACCUCCAUCCCAUCCUUGUCCCCUUCUUCCUCUUGCUCCUGUCCCUUCUAUCAGUCACUGGUGGGCUGUAGGUCCCCCCUGUGAGGCCCUGUACUGUGUCCCUGGCCUGGGUGUUGAAAUAGGGUGAUGACCUGGAUAGCUGGAAGUGUUGCAAAGAUUCCCACAGUUUCAUGCCAUGAGUAUGUUGUGGCAGAAACCUUGUGUGUGGAUUUAGGGUUAGGUGACAUCCAAAUAGAGAAGUGUAAGGCUGUGGGUAUUGUAGCACAGUACAGCUGAAUCCAAAUGUAUGUGUAUAUAUAUAUAUGGGUGUGAUCUUUUUUUUUUCUCUUAGGGAGGGAAUGGGUCUUGUGGUUUAGUUUGAUUAAUGUAGCCACAAGUAGGUUAGUUCUCUAAGAUUCUAAGCUGAGUGUAGAUGGCUUCAGAAUACAAGUGUUUUUGUUGUUCAAGGGAGGGUUUGAGAUGUGUGGUGUGGUGUGGUGUGCUGCACUACACUUCAGGUAACAAUAGUGUUUUGAGUACUGCAGGUGUUACUUUGCCCCAAUGACUGCCCGGGCUUCAAGGGACAACAACUCCACUGUUUAGACAAAGACACUGAUGUUUUUUUGUAGUUAUUUAAGUGUUGGAUGAUGCAGCAAAUAGGAUUUUUUCAAACAUAAAGACUGACUUAAAAGGAUAAACAAAAACAGGUGCAAUGAUGAAAACUGAAACUCUACACAUCUAAAUACUGAAGGUUAUUGAUAAUUACUGAAGAGAAAUGAUGUGACAAAGGCAAUAGAAAUUCUUGAUAAGCAAAUGAUGGGAGGCUGUUUCAAGUAAGAUUUUGUAGUUAGGAAAAAAGAUAAAUAACUGAGAGUAACAUUUAGAUAUUUGUGUUUGUAUAUUGUGAGUUCUUGUGAGUCACCUUAGCAAUAACUUAUAACAUUGUGAGAAACCAUGUAAUCCUGGACUGAACACCCCAUCAAUGGAAAAAAAAAAAAGAGAAAACAAAUAUGUGACUUCUAUUUCACUAAUCAACAUAUAAGACAAAGGAAGCAGAUUACAUUACAUCCUCAAACAUCACUGAGGAUAAAGACAAACAAUACAUUCUUAUCUUUUUGUACCAGAAAAGACUGAAACAUAUCACAGCUUAUAUACAUGUCAGCCACUGCCUCUGUCUCUGUCCAGCCCACUCCAGAAGGCAACAAGUUAUCAUUAUCAAGUGUAAGAUCUCAGACACACCCAGCGACUCUCAAACUGCAGUGAUCUAUUAUUCCUGCUGCCUUUUCUUCAUAUCGCAUCCUUCUCAUAUCACUUUUGUAUCUCCCACUUGCUUACCACUCCCUGUUAGCUCUGUAUAAGAUGCGAGUGUGCGUGUAUGUGUGUAUGAGAGUGUGUUGCCCCCUGCAGUGCCUAUCAAGGUCAGAUGGUAGUUCUUCUCAUAGGUUAUUAUGUAAAAUGUACCCCUGUCUUUGCCUUCCUUUGUGUUCCUGCUGUGAGUCUGUUUAGUAAAGCGUGGCUGAGCUCUGGUGUCAGAAGAACAGUCUCAUUCUUACCAUCUGGACUAAUUCAAGGCUGUAGUGGAAAUUGCUGUAGUUUUCAAUGGAGUUUUCAUGAUUGUAGUGGUAGUUUAACAAGCAAUCUGCACUGUUAAUAAGAAAACUACUUGAGAAAACCCAGCUAUUCAUCUCAGUGGCCUUUAAUAUUAGUUCUAAUGGGAAGCUAGAGUGUUUUAAGAUAUCAGGCAAGGCAAGGCAAGGCAAGACAAGGCAAGGCAAGGCUAAGAACAUAAAAAUAGAAGACAGAAGAGGCUUUAGUGGUGAAGGAUGCUGCCUCACACUGGAGUAGGAUGGAAGUAAAGGAGGUGUGGUGAUCCCUGAGAACUAGUGACUUGAGGGUCCUUGAAUGGGUUGUAUCAGGUCAUUAUCCCCAGUGUUCUGAGAGUGUUGUGAGUGAGUGGUGGGUUUCCUGUGAGACGGUACACUCCCUUGCCUUGUCUUGUCUCUCUCUGCCUUGCCCUGCCUUGUCUUGUCUCACUCUGCUAGCUGUGUUCUGUUCUAGAGUUCCCCCACGUCUCUGUCAGCUCACACUCUUUCUCUAACCCUUGAUUUCUGUAUUUCUGUAAUACUCCAGUGUUAACUUGCAUUAUAUUAAACUAAACCACAUAAACAGAAUGCAAUAACACCGCUAAUGGGACCUUUUUUUAUGUAAGAGGGAACACCGGCCAAGGGCAAAAAAUAAUUUGAUAAAAGAAAAAAAAAAAGGCCCACUGAGGUGCCAGUCCCUAAAGAUGUUAAAUAGAAAUAUAGUCAGAAGCUAAUGGAAACUUAACAUGUAUCUUUAGAGUAGAGGAUGGAAACUAGUGACAUGGCAACACUAAAGCAACCUGACUGUCAUAACCUUGUCUUUAUUGUAAUUGAUUCCUGAAUGAGAUGAAACAUUGCCCUGCCAGGCUUUACACACUGACCGGACACUGGACAUGGUGAUGGUGGUGGACAAGGCAGUGAGGAUGAUGACCUGGGAUGUUGGUGAAGCUUUGGAGGAAGCUUGGGAGAUGAGAGUGAUGCAGUGAAGAGCUUAGGUGGUGAUAAAGUGUUGGUGAAGUUAGACAAAUACUAUAACAGUGAAGUCUGAGAUGAGAUGUGAAGCUUUGAAGGAAACUGAUGGGAGAAUUUGAGUGGAGAGCAAACAAUAACUGUAAAAGGAAGAAAAUUAUAAUAAAAGUGAAGGACUGAGAUGCAAACAAUAACAAAACUAAAAGAAUAUAUCAAUAAGACAAUAGUUGACAUAAAUAAAAAUUCAAACAAACUCAAUACCAAAAAAAAAAAAAAGUACUGUAAGAAUAUGAUAGAGUUUGAUUAAGAACACAGAAGACAAGACAAGAGUAAGGAAGAGGAGGGAAAGCUUGACAAAAGAAAGUGAAAGCAUAAAUGGAAAGUGUCAAAAGUCAUUCAUUUGAGGUUAACUUGUGGGUAUAGGAACAGUUUUGACCAAGGACAGACUUCAAAACGUAAUUAGUGAAGUUAAACAAGCAAUAAAAUGAGACAAGACAAGGAGACAAGAAGUAACAGGCGAGGAUUUCAUUGAGGAUAGAUAGCAAGAAGUUGACGAUAAAGAACAUAAAUAAAAACAAGCUGAGAUGAGACAAGGAGACAAGAAGUAACAGGCAAGGAUUUCAUUGAGGAGAGAAAGCAAUAAGUUGAUAAAAACAUAGAGAGAAAUUUUAGUGGGUGUUCUCAAGCUGCUUCCUUCAGAGAUCGCCUGUAUUAAGUGAAGCUGAACGCCAUGCAAGAAAGUGUCGUGUGUGUAUGUGUAUGUGUGUGUGUGUGUGUGUGCGUUGCCAGCCUGAGACACACUGAAGGAAUGGGUGUUGCAAGAUUUGACACGAGCCUCUCAGGGACCUUUUUUGCUUUCCUGGCUUGAGAAGAUUAGGGAGAACUGUCAAAAUCUAAUUCGAAACACAGACUUGGUAUUAAACUCACCAAAAUUAUGUACAUAUUCACCUGAAAUGCUUGUAAUGGUUAGGAAUUUCUCAUUUUUGUUUUACAGAUUUUAUUAAUUUUUUCUCGACACAACACUUAUUUUAUGGUAAUUCUAGUGCUAAUAAUUUGAGGUCCCUGGUUUUGUCACAAUGCAUUUUUCAUUGACUAUUUUAAGCAUAAGGUUAUAUAGUGCAAUGUAAGUGUGAUGUUGUAGUGUAGCAGCGAGGAAGAGAGUGAGAGAGUGAUACAUUAGUGUAGAAGCGAGAAUGAGAAGAGUGAAUGGCUGUCAUAAUACAAAUUAAAAUUUUGUAAUGUUUUCCUAUCAUUAAAACAUAUAAAGGGCAGUUUUUCCUC